AUGAAGUCCAUGAAGGGCCUGAGCAAUAAGAUGCUCGGCAGCAUCAAGAAGAGGACCGACUCUUCCGCCGAUACUGCGAGCGCAGGCAGCGAUUCCGCCGUCGACCUGCAGGGCGACUCGCCCGAGGCCGUCGGCGCCAGGAGCGUGAAAGCUUUCUGCGAGUCGGGUGGCCCGAACAACACGGGCGACGAGGUCACCUUCCUGCCCUCGAUAGUCGAAUCCGCCGAGUCCUCACCAACAGCAGCCGCCGAGUGCGCGCGGACGAUACGCAAAUACCUUAAGAAGGACUACUGGUCGAAACCCUCCUACCAGUACAAUGCGCUCAUGCUCACGAGGAUUCUCGCCGACAACCCCGGGCCGACAUUCACUCGGAACCUGGACGGCAAGUUCCUGGAAGUGGUCAAGGACCUUCUCCGGAACGGGCGCGACCUCUCUGUGCGCCAAAUGCUCAUGGAGACGCUGGAUUCAUUCGAGCACCAGAAGGGCUGGGACGAGGGCCUCGGCCCGAUCAUCGAGCUGUGGAAGAAGGAGAAGGACAAGGCCUACAAGGCUUACGGAGGACAUCCGCCGCAACCGCCACGUCCACAGAACUUCGCGGCGCCCCCUACAGACCCGCACUCGCAGAACUAUUUCGCGAGGAGCCACAGCAAUAAGCGUCUUCCUAGCCCCGUUGAGUUGGCAAACCGUCUAGAGGAGGCACGGACGUCAGCAAAGCUGUUGUCGCAGCUGGUAGCCAACACCCCGUCAACCGAGGUCCUGGAUAAUGACCUGGUCAAGGAGUUCGCCGACAGGUGUCUCAGCGCGUCCAGGAGCAUACAGGGCUACAUGACCGCGGAGAACCCUGGCCCAGACAACGAGACCAUGGAGAGCCUGAUCGAUGUGAACGAGGAGCUGCAACAGGCGCUCAACAACGAGAAGCGCGCGAGGCUGAGCGCCAGGAAAGAACUCGGCGUCGACGCCCGUUCCGAGAACGUCAGCCCCGCGCCAGAAGUAAAUGGCUCCAACCGACCCCCCAUGCCCGAGCCAUCGGGGUCAUACUCUGUCCAAGGAGGAGCAUUUCCUAGCGGCGGAGCCUACACGGGCGACUCAGCGCCGCCGCUGCCAAGGAAGCCACUCAACAACGGCAAGGGUAAGGGGAGACAAGAGCCCGACCCAGCAGACUACGUGCCACCGCCGCCGGGGCCGCCGCCAGGGCACCCCUCGGCAGCCGGGCCGUCCCGCUCCGCAAACGCAACGCCGGCGGACGAGGGCCAGGACCCCUUCCGCGACCCGGAGCCCGCGGGGCCGAGAGGAGGCAGGGCGCCCCAGCUGGAAGAGCCGCGGCUGGCCGACGAGCCCUUCCAUCCGGGCUUCGGCGAGCCCACGCGCAGCUACAUUGGCCGCCAGGACAGCGCGGCCAACAAGAUCACCAUGCACGGCGCCGGGUACGGUGGUUACGGGUCGUCGGACCAGGACGGGGACAAGGAGGUCGUCAGCGGCGGCGCCGGGUACGGCGCCGGGUACGGCGGCGGCUACGGCGACUCCUCGUCGUCCGCGUCGAGGCCGCGCAACUUGUCGGACCUCAGCGACGAUAUCUACAACCCGCCGCCUUCCUCCUCGGACGCGUACGGCGGGUCCUCGUCGGGGAAGAGGCCGGUGUACCGAUACUGA